AUGGACCACGUCCAGCACUUCUCCUCCGGCGUCAUCAUCGCCACUGCGUUCAUCCACUUGCUCGCGCCUGCUUUCGAAGAAUUGAGCUCGCCCCUGCUCGAAGGCACUUUUUGGGCCGCUUACCCUUUCGCGGCUCUCAUUUCGAUGAUCUCAAUGCUUGGCGUAUUCGUCACCGAGCUCAGCUGUCUCAGGCUGGGCAACGCGAUCUUGAACCGGAGUCAGACGACCGACAAAACUAGCAAGCCAGGCGACAAUGACAUGGAGGACGAUUGCGAGUACGGCUGUGGCAUUGCGCACAAUACGCACGAUCUCGAGCCCGCCAGCGAGACGUCGUCCUUGCUGUCCACUCACUCACAGAAAGGUGAUCACAUGACGGCAGAGGAACAUAACACCAAUUUCGCCAAUGUCGUCGGCGCUUUCAUCCUCGAAGCGGGCGUCGUGCUCCACUCGUUUUUCAUCGGCCUCACGCUCGCUGUCACAAGAGACUUUUGGCCGCUCGCCUCGGUCAUCAUCUUUCAUCAGACUUUCGAAGGACUAGGACUAGGCACCCGAUUGUGCUCGUUGCGCAUAAAGAGACGACACAAACUUUUGCCCUAUUGCGCAGCUGUAGGCUAUGCUGCAACUACGCCCUUGGGCAUUGCUGUCGGUCUACUGGCAGCCUCAUCGUAUGAUCCAGAAUCUAAAGAGGCUAGUAUCGUCCAAGGCGUGCUCGACAGUACCUCUGCCGGCAUCCUGCUCUAUUCCGGUGUCGUCAACCUGCUCGUGCACGAUUUCCUGCUCUCUGAUUCGAUGAAGGAAGCUCCAGCAAGUAAGAUCGCGAGGGCACUCGCCACUGUUGGCCUAGGCGUUGCAGCCAUGUCGCUCCUAGGCAUAUGGGCAUAG